GCUCGUUUCUCACCAUUCUCUCUCCAAUCGCGCGGCGCCGAGGCUGAACGACGGGCGACGAAAUCCUCAUCGCAGCAGCUACUGCAACGGCGGCGACGAGAUCGUGACGGAGCAGCUACCGCAACGCGCGGCGACGAGAUCCUGACGGAGCAGAUACCACAACGGCGACGAGAUCGUCAUCGCGGCAGCUACUGCAACGGCGGAGACGAAAUCCCGCGCAGCAGCUAUUGCAACGCGCGGCGAUGAGAUCCUGACGCAGCAGCUACCGCAACGGGGACGAGAUCGUCAUCGCAGCAGCUAUCGCAACGGUGGCGACGAGAUCUGAUCGCACCAGCUAUCUCAACGACGGCGACGAGAUCUGAUCGCAACGGCGGCGACGAGAUCUGAUCGCACCAGCUAUCGCAACGGCGGCGACGGCGGAGAAAGCUCCUGAUCGCAGCUAAGACAUUGACGAUGGACGAGAAUCGUGUAGAUGAAGUUUCUGUUGGUUCUGUAGAUGCUCAACAACUCGUGCAAAUUGCAACAUCUUCUGAAGCAACAGAAGGCGGAUAUCAGCUGGAAACCUCUAUUUCCACCAACAGUGGCAACAAUGAACAAGAAGAAGGUGUGACAUCAAACAGGACCGAGUUAGACUACACUUGUUUGGGGUUGGCAUUCAAAACCAUUGAGGAAACAAAACAAUUCUACAAGAACUAUGCUCACGAUCUUGGCUUCAGCGUGAGGGACAUGGGAGCUGUCAAACGUUCUACAAAAAGACAGCCAACCAAAACAGCACGAUAUGCUAGGUAUUGCUGCAGCAAAGAAGGAUACAAGACCACAAGCAAGUCAAAUCCCAAGAAUAAAGGAACAAUCGAUGUCAAGGCUUAUCAACGUGCUGUACCAGAAACUAGAGUUGGCUGCCCAGCUAUAAUCAAAUUUAGAUAUGAUAUCGAGAAGGAUGAAUGGCUGCUGGACAAGUGGAUAACAGAACACAACCAUGAUCUCCUCCCUGCAAAAUUCAAACAUCUAUUGAGGUCCAACAAGGGGAUCUCAGAAAUGCAUGCAAUGGUCGCACAAGUGCAUGCAGAUUGUGGAGUUUCACUACGGAAAUCGUAUGAGUUGUUCACCACAACUUCAGGGGGGAGGGAGAAUGUACCUUUUACCCCUCAUGAUCUGAAGAACUAUAUCACAGGGACAAGGCAGAAAUCAAUGAAACCAGGCGAAGCAACUAUACUUCUUGAAUAUUUUCGCCACGAAGCUUACAGGAAUCCAUCAUUCUUCUAUGAAAUUGAGGUAGAUAGUAACGAAGAUAUUGCAAGUAUAUUCUGGGCUGAUGCAAGAAUGCGGUUUGACUACAGUUGCUUUGGAGAUACGAUCAGCUUCGACACAACAUACAGGACAAACCAGAAUUAUCGUCCACUAGCUUUGUUUGUUGGCUUCAACCACCAUCGAGCACUCUGCAUCUUCGGGGCUGCUCUCCUUUAUGAUGAAACAACCGCUACAUUCAAGUGGUUUUUCGAUGCAUUCUUGAAAUGUAUGUCAGGCACCCGACCAACAUCAAUAUUCACCGACCAAGCUGCUGCAAUCGCCGCUGGGAUUAGAUCCGUCAUUCCUGAAGCAUUCCAUGGCUUAUGUACUUUUCAUAUCAAGCAGAAUGUAAUGAAGCAUCUCGACACCACAAACACAAACAUUCUAGAAGAUCUGCAAUAUGUCACUUUUGGGGUAGAAAAUGAGGAAGAAUUUGAGUACAAUUGGUCAAGGUUGCUAGACACACAUUAUCCAGAAGAAGGCACCAAUCCAAGGAACUGGUUGGAUUCAAUUUACAAGGUGAGGAAACAGUGGUCUUCAGCAUGGAUUAAGGACCACUUCACAGCUGGUAUGCGAAGCUCACAGCUGAGUGAGUCUUGUAACAGCAACCUCCGAAACUACCUUCAAUCAGAUGACAACCUAGUUGAGUUCUUCACAUACUUCAACAAGUUUGUCGAACGGAAAAGAUCAGACGAAAUGGACAUGGAUUAUCAAAUGGCAAACACAGUCCCAAACACCAUGUAUGACAGAAGCCCACUUGUUCAGCAAGUCGCGAAAUUAUACACAACUAAGAUCUACAGUUCUUUCCUUGAGGAGUAUUCAGAAAGCCUUGCUUUUUUUGUGUUCCGGAAUGAAUCUAUGGAUAGAGAUGGAAUGACAGCUUAUGAAGUGAAGAAACUAGGAGGAUUCGACAAAAGAGUCGUGUUAGUGAACAAAGAGGAGAAGAAAUACAAGUGCUCAUGUCGUUUGUUUGAAAGUUCAGGCUGGUUGUGCAGACAUAUAAUCAGGCAGAUAGAGAUGGUUGGAUUCAAUGGUGAUGAUAUUGAGCAAUUGACUAUCCCUAAGGAAUACAUUCUGCCACGAUGGACGAGAGAUGCCAAAUCUGGAGAGAAGUUCACAAUAAACACAACAGAAUGUGCUGCAACAGAUACUUAUGCAGGGAGGUAUCAAGAACUGUGUGCUAGCAUGGUUAUCCUAGCAACAAAAGUCUCAAUGAAUGACAAGGUCUUCUCAAUGGUUAAGGAAAAGAUUGCAGAGCUCACUAAACUUGCUUUCCAAAGCCUUCAGACUCAAGAAACUCAGCAAACAGCACCUGUUGGAACCACCAGUACAUCACCCUCGCAAAGCGCUGCUGCUUCAGCUACAAAUGACAAGUAUGCCAAUGUGAAGGGAUUCAAGGCUCGACAAGACCCAUGGAAAUCAAAGAAGAGGCCAAAAGGUGGACUUGAGGUAGCGCUGGAGAGGGCUAGAAAGCAAAGAAUUGAUGAACAGGCUGCCAACAAGCGUUACAAAAGCAAAAAUGAGUGAUGAUUAGUCUCCUUGUUGUUAUCCGUGUUUUUUUAUCUGUCAUAGACUUUUAGAUUUCAAUGACAACUAUGAGACAAAUAUAAACAGUUGAAGGUUUUGGGACAAACAAUAACACAGAUACAUCAAAACAACCCACAUAUGUACUAAAACAAACCGUACAUUGUAUAAUCCAGGGAAACAGAAACAAACUAUAAACCUUAUGAACCACA